UAAAUAUAUAAUUAUUGCAAGUUUUAUUAUGAAUGAUCCAUAAAAAAAGUAGCUUGCAACAAUUGACACAUUAGAUAUAAGUUAUCUUUUAUUUAUUUUGUCUUGAGUCUCGAGAUAACUUAAGUACUAGAUAAACCUUGUUUAACUGGAUCAGCAUCUAAUUAGCUGUUAUGCAAUAGAGAGAUAAGGUUUUUAUGAGCACACCUCAGAAUAGACAUUUAGUUUAUCCAGUGGUUUCUUUCACUAACCAUUUUUUUGAUUAUAUUUUAGUUAGAAAAGUAGUUGGUACAAUUAAAUUAAAAUGAAGUGGUUGAUAAUUGGUAUUGCUGGACCUACAUGCAGUGGAAAAACCACUAUAUCAAAUAAAUUAAAAAAAAGCAUUACCGAUUCAAUAUUGAUCAAUCAAGACCAAUACUUUUUGCUUCAAGAUGAUCCAAGGCAUACUUUGAUUCCAGAGCUGAAUCACUUUAAUUGGGAUAUUUUGUCCAGUCUUGAUAUGGCAAAAAUGUAUUCGGAUAUAGUACAAAUCAUAACUCCUAACACUAGUUCCUCUCAACAGAAUAAAGAAAAAAAAAUCAACGUUCUCAUUAUAGAAGGAUUUUUAAUUUACAAUUAUAAACCAAUAGCUGAAUUAAUAGAUAAAAAGUAUUUUAUAGAUAUAACUAAAGAAGUGUGUUGGAGUAGGAGAAAAAAUCGUAUCUAUGAUCCUCCUGAUGUACCAGGGUACUUUGAUAAAUGUAUCUGGCCUGAAUAUUUAAAGCACAAAGCAGAAAUUGUUGCAGAUAAAAAUAUAUACAAUAGUAUUAAAUUUUUUGAUGGCACCAAGAACUUGAAUGAACUAUGUGAUGAAAUUAUUAAUGAAAUUAAAUCUUUUUCGUGAUGCAUAAGUAUUAAUG